GCCGGGCUCUGUCGCGUGUAACGGUGCCUUGGGAAGACAAACGCCGUCACUCCGAACAUCCCCUCCUUCCUUCUUCUUCCCCCAGCUUUAUAUGCUGAGUAGGUUCCAUAUGGUGUGGGAUAUCCUGUGGGUCACUUGGGGUCAGCUGUGCUGGCUCUGUCCCCUCCCAACUCCCUGUGCACUCCCAGCCUCCUCACUGGUGGGGUGGGAAGCAGGAAAAUGUAAGCACUGCUCAGCAAUAGCGAGAGCAUCCUUGUGUUACCAGCACUUUCCAGCACAAACCCCAAACACAGCCCCAUACCAGCCACUGUGAGGAAAAUGAACUCUACCCCAGCCGAAAGCAGCACACUGAGAUAGGGCUGUGGCGAGAGAGAUGACGUUGCAGGAGCAAGGUCCACCACUCAUCUACUGUGUUGUGCUUGAUAUCCGUGUCGUGAACAUUAUUUGAAUGUAGUUAUGUUUUUAAUUUGUUUUCACCAGUUAAAAAUAUUUUUUAUGUCAGUGGAAAAAUCAGAAAUACUACCUGAAGGAAAACUUCAUGUGAACAAAUCUUUGUUCCUCAGUAUCUGCUAGAAGAGUAAGGAAAAAAGUUUAGGAUUUGCUUUUAGCAACGCUUCUGAAGAAGUGUACAAGCUGUAAGAGAAGCAUAGCUGUUUUAUUUUUUUCAGAGUGUACUUAAUACACUUUAUAAUGUAUUCAGGAAGAAGAAUGGGUAACAAACUGGAAAACAAAAGAAAGAGCAAGAAAGAAAAAACUCAAGAAAUGUCUGCCAAUUUAAAGUACCUUUCCUUGGGUAUCCUGGUUUUUCAGACCACAAGUUUAGUCUUGACCAUGCGUUAUUCUCGGACACUGAAAGAAGAAGGACCCCGUUACUUAUCCUCUACUGCAGUAGUUAUUGCUGAACUUCUGAAGAUUUUGGCCUGUGUUCUGUUGGUCUACAAAGACAGCAAGUGCAAUUUACGGACUCUGAACAGAGUGCUGCAUGAUGAAAUCCUUAAUAAACCCAUGGAAACUCUUAAACUUGCUAUUCCUUCGGGAAUUUACACUCUUCAGAACAACUUGCUGUAUGUAGCAUUGUCAAACCUAGAUGCAGCCACAUACCAGGUUACGUACCAACUGAAAAUUCUCACCACAGCAUUGUUUUCUGUGUCCAUGUUGAGCAAGAAAUUGGGUGUAUACCAGUGGCUGUCAUUAGUAAUAUUGAUGACAGGAGUGGCAUUUGUACAGUGGCCUUCAGACUCUCAAGCAACACCUGCUAAGGAGCAUUCAGCGGGGUCGCAGUUUGUGGGGCUGAUCGCAGUGCUCAUAGCCUGCUUUUCGAGUGGAUUUGCUGGGGUUUAUUUUGAGAAAAUUUUAAAGGAAACUAAGCAGUCUGUGUGGAUCAGAAACAUUCAGCUUGGAUUUUUUGGUAGCAUAUUUGGACUGAUGGGCGUAUACAUUUAUGAUGGAGAACAAUUGUCAAAGAAUGGAUUUUUUCAAGGAUACAAUAAACUCACUUGGGUGGUUGUUGUUCUGCAGGCACUUGGAGGGCUGGUAAUUGCUGCUGUUAUAAAAUAUGCAGACAACAUUUUAAAAGGAUUUGCAACUUCUCUCUCUAUUAUACUGUCAACACUGAUCUCCUAUUUCUGGCUGCAAGAUUUUGUCCCUACAAGUGUCUUUUUCUUCGGAGCCAUCCUUGUAAUAGCAGCUACUUUCCUAUACGGUUAUGAUCCCAAACCUGCAGGAAAUCCCAUUAAGGCAUAGCAGACUUCCUCAUCAACCUGCUUCUCAAGAUCACGCACUGGGGGCCUUGCUAGCAAUGGCAUGUGGGAAGUGUCAUUGUGCACUGCAAGGGAAGGAUUACUGCCCUGGAGAAAUGCUGAUGAUAGUUCUGAAAACCAGAGGCUUACAGCUGGAUGGUGACACUGAUCUGUAACCCACGGGGGGGGAAAUGUCAGGGGAAUGCCCAGUGCAACUUGCUAAUAAAAACUUGAACCAAAAGUUUCCAAGAAACUACAAUUAGGAAUGUUUACAGCUUUGACAGAGAUUGCAUCAAAAGAAUUUACUGUAUUGACUGCUGCAGAAAAAUGUCCUAUGCACUCUUUGAAAGAGCACAUGACAACGUUGUCAGAUUGUAUGUUUUUGCGAUUUGAUUAUAUUUAAUCUUAGUAAAUGUUUUUAACUGUUUGUCUAUUUACGUGUAAUGAGCUGAACAUCAUAGAUCUAAAGUGAUGGUUCUAAUUAGGUAUUCCUUAUUAAAACUGUGAAAAUUGAAGUAUGAUUGAAAGACACUUUCACAAUAUCAAAUAUUUUUAUAUUUUUAGAAAGCUGAUUUAAUAACAGAAAUCUGUUAUUAAAUGAUAAUAUUAUAAUUCUGUUGCUUAUAUAGAAGUAUUGUAAGAAUGUUAACAUUCUCACCGAGGUACACAAAGGGAGAAAUUCAGAGUGAAAGCUGGAAGUCCAUGUUGAUACUCCAGCCUCCAUCAGCCUGUGGUGUUCCAACAGAUGGAAUAACUCUGGGAACACUGGCUGGAGGUUAUGGCACUAACCUGGUGGUAUGAUUAGGGUUAUGAUGGGUGCUUGCUCAGAUGUAAUGUUCAUUCUUGUUAUUUUUAUUGAUUAUAAAUCAACUUUUUGGUAGAACCUUAAAAGUAGUUUUUAUGCUUUAAAUAGCCUCUGAAGAUUUUCUUUAAACCACAAUUUAAAAAAAAACCCAACAUAAUAAACGUUUUAAAGGCAUUAUUGUUGUCUGUAACAGCUCCAUCUGGAGCUAUUAAGGUAUGGUAUCUGUAUACUGUACUGUACUUUAUUACAGAGGAGUUUUUUAAACAAGUGUUGUUUACUCAUGAACUCUCCAGUGCUUUUUCUGUGCAUUUCUAUGUAAUGGCUUACUUAGAGUUUUGGUGAGGUUUUUUUAAUUAUUAUUUUAUUCUGGGAGUCCUUGAGCCAACAGACCAAAAUGGUUUCUCUGGAGCUAUUCAGUCUAGUAGUGGAAUUACUUUAAUAGGAAACAGUAGGAAAAAGUAAUCAAAUGUGCAAUAGCUAAAUGUAAAAGCAUGCUAUUGGUCUGUUUUAAAAAAAAACUUCACAAAGAGACCUUGAUGCAGUUAGAUCAAUUAGACUGUUAUUAACACUUCACUUGAAGUAUUUGCAUAUAGUCAGAAAGACCAAAAAAAAUCUGGAACUAAUAAACAAAUAAGCUGUCUUAAAAAUCACUGUUUUUCAGGAGACUGUUCACAAUGGAUAUUAAUGUAGUGGCUCUUACCCACGUUACACCUGUGGUGGUAUGCAUUUAUAGAAAAACUUAUCAGGAGUCCCUUACCAGUAAAAUGGCAAGUGGUAAAAACAUCUUAGUUCCCUUGUUUCCCCCGCCUCAUGCUCUCUCCUCUGUCUUGUGCUAAAGAAAACAUGUUAAAGAGGAAGGUGUUUUAAAAUGUUUACUAAAGUACUUCAUCCAAUUCACAAGGAGAUUCUGGAGGAGUGCUCUGAGAUUUCUUAAUGAAGUGUUGUAAAUGGGAAAGGAAGAAUUCUACUUAUGUCAGUCAAGUAAAAACAGUGGUUUUCUUCUCUUGGGUGUUUUUGUUCUGCCAGGUGUGUUAUCAAGGUCUUGUUUGUUUAUCAUAUCAAAGCAAGACAUAAAAGAACCGUCAGAGUUACGCCAAGGGCUUGCUGAGCUUGGUGAACUGUGAAUCUGUCCCAGCGUGUUGUCAUUGCAGGAGCUUUGCUACUUGGCAGUCAAACUGAUCUUGUAGUACCCUAAAUUGGCAUCCUGUGUUAGUAUCAAAUCUCCUACCUAUAGCAUUCAGUGGGGCAAAAUCUUUGAAAAAUUCCGUGUGGUGAUUCCUGCCCUGCAGUGCACAGGAGGGGAGAUGUGUGCGUGGAACAGCCACUCACAGUGUGCUUGGGGCCAGAGGGAAGUGUUUGUAGUCAUAUCUGAACUGGAGUUUGGCCUACACAGGGAUACUUUUAAUCAUGAAUUGCAGUACUGAAAGGGUUCAGGUGAUACAGUUGGUUACUUCCUCCAGGAACGUCUCCAAAAAGGGUAGCAGGUUGAGGACACUUUAAAACCGGUUGUACAGGAAGGGACCAAACAGGCCAAAUAAUGACCACGUUGCUGGAGCUCUGUUAUAUGUAACCCAGUUUUAAUAUUUCAGGUGCACCUGCCAAUAUUUGUCAGUGAGGAUCCAUUUAUAGGAAAGAACGGCAAUGUGUGCUCUUUGCUUUGGAAUAGGAUGUCGUGCAGCUUUGGAAAACAAUGUCUCUGCUGUACUAAGGAACAGUAAAUCCUGUCUGUAGGUCAGUGACUCUUCUGUGCUGACAGUCCUAUGAAGUAGAAGGACAGAUCUUUUCAAACACUUAUUGCUGUAAAGGAAAAUGAAUUUGCAUUUUUAACUGUGUUUUCUUGGCCUUUGACAGGGUGAGAACAAAAAAGAUUUGAGGAGGGUUUACUGAUUUCUGUAACCUUUGCAAACUGGGAGCAUAUGCACAUUUUCUCACUGAGAUACUUUUGUAUUUGUAUUUUAUUUUUUUUUAAGCAGUUUUAAGUCUAUAACUCAUUAACUAACCAAAGAGGCAUAAGUAGGACAGAGCAUUGGGAAGUAGCGGAUGGUGUGCUUUGAGUUUGCCCUAAAACAAUCUGUAGGAGUCUGACUUUCCAAAAAUAAACUUGUCUUUCUGAACUACUUUUCUGACUUUUAGAGAAUGGUUUUGUUUGUUUAGUUGUAUAUCUAGGAGGCUAACCUAUACUUGGCAGAAUUUUAUUUAAAUAUUUAAAAAGUUGUAGCUAGGUAUUUAUUUGCAAUAACUUGAAUUAUGUGAUUUUUUUUUUUUUUUAAGACUUGCAGGAUGGAAGUACUAGUAUUUAUUGAAUACUUGGAUAUUUGGUAGUUUUAUUUGGGAAUCUCUGGGAUACAUGAUAAAUUGUCAAAUAACAAUAAAUUUAGAAAUGUCUUCAAAGCAAAGUAAAUCAGUUCUGUAGUGAAAAUCUUGAGUCUAAUAAAGUAAAAUAAACUUUUUACAUUGUAUUUCUACACUGUCCACAAGUGCCCAAUAAUCUUUUUACACAAAGAAUGCAGAUAAUUGUAUGGUUCUGUUCAAUUUCAUUGUUUUAUACAAACCAUGAGAAAACCUCCUUUUUUGUUAGCUUCAAUAAAGAGUAGAUUCAUGUUCUAGAUUCAGCUUCUAAAGGUAACACCUUUGUUUUUUUCUGCAAUUUUUAGUAACUAUUGUUUUAUUUCCCCUCCUCCAAAAAAAUCUCAUUUUGGUAGCCUGUGCUUGCAUUUCAUUUGCUCAUACAGUCUUCUUAAUUUUAGUGGCACGUAAUUGUUUUGUGUUCCUAACUUAUUUUUAUAUCUGUUAUUCAAGAUACUGUCAUAGAUUCUGUUGAAUUGUUUUUGAAUUGAUAAAUGAAACAUUGCCUCUCUUCUGAUUUUUGUUGUCAGUAACUUUCAUAUUUUGAUAUGGUUCCCAGUGGGCCGUGCAUGUUGUGUUGUAUUUAAGCAAUAGUCAUCUUCCAAUUUUGAACCUGUUGCUCAUUUUCUUCCUGGUGACAAUGGUUCUUGCUGGAUAUUGUGUUGAGGAUUAUUCAUUGUUUUCUUAUCUGAAAUCUAUGUUUUGUAAGAAUGAGAUAUUUGUGUAUUAGAAGGUAAUGUUUAUCUGUAACAUGGUAUUAUACCAUAUAUGUGGUAAUGUAUCGUUACCUAAGGUGGUGUAUUACUGUAAGAAAGCCCAAGAAGUGUUUCCUUCCCAUUACUUUAAUAGAUUUUUUCAUUUUCAAUGCUGAUUAUUUCCCAGAGGAAGUGACUAGAGAGUUCUGCUCUUUACAGGUAAGCUCAUCAUAUAUUUUUAACUAUCUAGAAUUAAGACAUUUUUACUCAAAAAAAAAAAAGCAGGGGAAAAUGCAAGAAAACACAUGCAAUUAGUUAUAUCUUCUGCUUCAGUGACUGUCUAAAUUUCUGUUCAGUUAAAUUCUUAACUUUUUCUAAUUAUUUCUCAGUAGCUGAACUUAUUACUCUUUCUAAAAGAAAAUAGAAUCUGUCCUGAGGUGCCAUUCAGCUCUUGUUCGUGAAUGUCUGCUACGUGUUUGCAUCCAAGAGCAGACAUGACAAAUUAACUCUUUAACCUUCCAUCAUCACUCUGACUGUAAUUAGCCAUAUUCAUUUCAUCAGCAAUUUUUAGGUCAGCAAGAAUUGCUUAUGCUAAGCAUAUGUUUGUAUUUGCUGCCAUGAAUAUCACUUUUUUAGAUUUUUUUAACUUUGCUCUUCAUUGUCAAUAUAUGAGCCCAAAUACAGAUCAUAUAUUCAAAUGUUGUAGUGAAGUUUUUAAGGUAGUCUUAUGUUUUUAUAUGUUGAUGUCCAUAUUUGUGUAUGAUUACACUGAAUACAGUUCUAAUCUAUGGUGUUUCCAGGCAGUUUGGAAACUCUUUUUUUUUUUGGUAUAACACUGCUGAACCAUGGAAUGCAUCUUACAUGACCUAACACAGUCUUUUAAAUCCAUAUUAAGGUAAAAUACUGUAUUUUUUUUCUUCUGUAUGUGUAGAUAAUGCCACUAUAGUAAUAAACUGGUUAAAAUUAAGCACUGCCUUUAUUAGGAAUAUGAUAGAAAACUGUUUGAGAGCUUUGUAAAAGGAGAGGUUUGCCCUAUGCGUGUUUUAGCGGAAAUAAAAUAUGUUUAAUUAA